AUGCCUCACAAACACAAAAGAAGGGAGAGGGAUGAAUCCGACUUUAACCUCCCUCCGACCGUGAUAGCAAAGCCACUCCCGGUAGUCGCCCCAAAGAAAGCGGCGACGGCGGCGAAGCAGGCUGUUAGCAAAACCUCCACAGCACAUCCCGUCAAGAGCACGAAGCGAAAGCGGGGUCGUGACGCGAAUGGUGACGAUGCGCCGAGGGCUUUCAAGAGGUUGAUGGCAUUUGCCGGGGGCCAGAAGUUGCGUUCGGGCCUAGACGAUGGAAACCCGGCGCCGUCAAAGAAGAAGAAGAAGAAGAAGAACAACGCCGCCGAAGUAGCUGCAGCAGCUGAAACCCAAACACAGAACGAGCCGGUGGAGAUUCCCAAGAUCAAGCCUGGCGAGAGGAUGUCCGACUUUGCGGCCCGGGUGGACGCUGCACUUCCCGUAAGCGGCUUGGCCAACAAGGGCAUCAAGAACGGCAAGGAUCCGCUGGGCCUCAAAGUUUGGAGGACAAGGAAAGAGCGCAAGAUGCACAAACUGUACGAUCAGUGGAGGGAAGAGGAGCGGAAGAUACAGGAGAAGCGGGAAGAAGCGGCUGAACUAGCCGAGGAGAAGGCCUUUGAGGAGGAAGAGGCUGGCAUAAAGUGGGAUGGAGACGAUGACGGCGAGGCUGCGGGCGCAUCUGGAAAGAAGAAGAAGAAGAAGGGCAAAAGAGCUCGGUUGCUUGGAGAAGCAGCUGUGAAGGAGGACGACCCCUGGGAGGAGUUGAAAAAGAAGCGGGGAGAGGCGAAGAUUGGACUGAACGAUGUCGCGAAGGCGCCUCCGGAAUUGAAGAAGCUCACAGGCAAAAAACUGACGGUGAGGGGCGCAGCUGUCGAGGUUGACGGCAUACCCAAAGCCGCUGGAAGUUUGAGACGGAGAGAGGAGCUUCAGGAAGUCAGGAACAACGUGGUGACCUCGUAUAGGAAAAUGAUGGAGCAAAAGAGGGCAAAUCUGUCUGUAUAG